AUGAACUCUUUGAACAUCCUGUCCUCGCGAGUCAUUGGCCAGUCUUCCAACUCUUCACGCCCGCGAUCGCAAUCCCAGAGCGAGAAGAGGCGCGCGGCCCUGCCAGGUGAUCUCGCUAAGUUUAGAUCUUAUAGCGAAGAUAACUUCAAGGCCAGCUUCGCCCCCGAGAAGACUUACGACGGUUCCGCAUCUUUCGCAGACGGCGACGAAGAAGACACGCAACAGUUGUACGAUGAGAAAUCACCAUUACUCCAUGAUACUCAGUAUGAUGGUACGAUAGUGACCAAAAGCACUUGGCGACUGUUUACAAGACGCAUUUUCGACGCGAUCACCGAAACAAUCCGAUUCAUUCUUUCCACACUUGCCGCGCCUGGUGUAUAUGCAGCUCAAUGCUUCCAAACCGAUGACGGUCACUACUCGCUUCUUGCUCCGGUGAGAAAGAUUUGGAGAACUUCUGCCGGCUCAAGGAACCGACCGGAUAAAGGGGGAUCUCGGCAAGGAAAUCGGCGACGAAGUGGCUCCACUCGCAAGUUGAAACCCCAGACAUCACGAGAACCAAUCACCUCCACAACGUCAGAAUCCGAUACAGAUAGAAGGCUUGCCAAAGGUGGUGGGCACAUCAAAGGUCGACCGAGUAUAUCCGAGUCUAUCCCAGAGUCCAAUACCGAUGAAAGCACGCCGCGCCGGUCUAUACGAAUCAAGCUCAAUAACGAGGAAACGCUUAAGCGACAAAGGCAACGAAGGUCACAAAGCACAGAUUUGGGCCCACCUAUGCCGGAGGGGGUAAGUCGGGUCCAGGGGGCCGUUAGCCUGGAUAGUCUGAAGUCUCCCAUGUCGCCGUCUGUUCAUCGCCUAACCAAAUACCCGCACUCUCCAUCACCGCCACGACCUCUUCUUCCUCCGCGAUUGCCCUCAUAUACAGCAGCUCCUCGGAAUGCCAGGCUACCGCAGAAAACAUUGGUAUUGGACCUCGACGAGACGCUCAUUCAUUCGCUCGCCAAGGGUGGCCGGAUGUCGAGCGGUCACAUGGUUGAGGUCAAGCUUAACAUGCCCAUGACUACUGCUCUAAGCCCCGGAGGCCCACAAACAACUGUCGGGCCCCAGCAUCCCAUAUUAUAUUAUGUGCAUAAGCGGCCCCACUGCGAUGACUUCUUGCGCAAGAUUUCGAAAUGGUACAAACUUGUAAUCUUCACCGCAAGUGUCCAGGAGUAUGCCGACCCCGUGAUCGACUGGCUCGAGCAAGAACGCAAGUACUUCCAGGCCCGAUACUACCGACAGCACUGCACAUUCCGAAAUGGUGCCUACAUCAAAGACCUUAGCUCCGUGGAACCGGAUUUGAGUAAAGUCAUGAUUUUGGAUAACAGUCCAAUGAGCUAUAUCUUCCACGAGGACAAUGCGAUUCCCAUUGAAGGUUGGAUCAAUGACCCCACGGAUAAUGGUCUUCUACACUUGGUUCCAAUGCUGGAGGCAUUGCAAUAUGUUACCGAUGUUCGGGCAUUGUUGGCUCUUCGACGUGGCGAAAUUGAAACGUAG